GGAUGGGAGUUUGAGCUCUCACUCGGACCUGGUUUCUGGCGCCCCGUUCGCAACUCACCCUGAUGCAGAGUGGCCAGUGUUGCCGGUGCAACGGCAACGGCACCUGCGUCAGGUGUGACUGCACCAAGGCGGCACGGAAAUGCUGGAGCUGCCUUCCGUCAAAGAAGGAUCGUUGUAAAAAUUCCGCCAUCCCUUCUCCUCCCCAGCCGGAGCAAGCUGUCAACGGCCAUCGACAACCUACGGUGCAGGACAACGCUACGGGAACAGUUCUAACCGUACAAUGCGAUGAUGCCAGCGUGGAUGCCAGUGCAGCCACAGCUCUCACCGCCACCCUGCUGGCAGAAUGUCGAGAUCCCGUACCCGUAGAUCUACCGUGCAGCGGUGAGGUGGCGGCUGACCAUGAGGCCAAUCAAUCCACUCGAUUUACUGGCGAUCAGACCGCUAGCGCCGCCUCAGACUCCCAACAGUUUGCUUGGAGAGCACUGGAUCAGCUGCAACCAACCACCGUGGUUACGGAGGGCGGAGCGGACGAGCCUCCUGCCGGCGCUCAGUCGGACUCCCAGCAGUAUGCGUGGAGGACACUGGACCAGCAUCAAGCACGCACAAGUGUGUCCCAGGAAAGCCCUGUGCCCACCCCAGAAGAGGUCGACCUCGUAGCCAAUCUGGAUCAGAGCCAGCUGCAACAGACCCCGACACACUCAGAUCAGGAGCUGGAGGAAGGACCACGGGAUCUCCCGAAUUUCCCUACUGCCCCCACUACAGGAUUCCUUCUGGGCGAGCGUACCAACUUGGAUUCUGUGCAGGCUGUGCAAGACGUGUACGAAGAAGUGGUACACUGUAGACCGAAUGCAAUGCAGGUACCCCGAGGAGCCACUGGCAAGCUCUUUGUAUCCCAACUCUCCAAUUACAUUGUAUGCUUUGGAACCAGUGGGCCAUAUGAAGGCAUAGCUCUGAAAGUAGCCAUGGUCUUCCAAAUGCUGAUGCUGCAGAAGCCGCCAGGUCCUGCAGAGAAAUCCGCAGAUAUCCUGCAGCGCCGCCUAGCAGCAUGGCACAGAGGGGACCUACACGACCUGCUGCACGAAUGCCGAACGAUUCAAGAGGAGCUCACAGCACCUAGCCGGCCCCACCGCGGGGGUAACAAGGAGAAGGAUGAUGCACGCCACUUUGCAAACCUGGUGACAAGUGGGAAGCUAUCCAACGCCCUACGAUCGCUAGCCCCCAACGGAAAUGCUGGAGCCCUGGCGCUGGAUGACAGCAUCGGUGACAAGUCAGUGCAAGAGGUCCUGCAAGACAAACACCCUGACCCUGCGCCCCUAGCCACGGAGGCCCUGAUACAAGGUGUUCCCCCUCCUCAGCCUCAUCCGGUCAGGUUCUCUGGUCUCAAUCGUGACUUGGUGAGAAAGGCGGUACUCAACACUCAUGGCGCAGCCGGCCCGUCCGGUAUAGACGCUGAGGCAUGGAGGUGGAUGUGCACAAUGUUCUCCGACGCGUCUGACUCGCUAUGCGAUGCGCUGGCAAGCUCUGCUCGACGUGUGGCGACCGAAUUUGUCGACCCCCGAUCGCUGGAAGCGUACCUGGCAUCCCGACUCAUCCCCCUCAACAAGAACCCGGGGGUUAGACCCAUUGGGAUUGGCGAGGUGAUGCGGAGAGUGGUGGGCAAGGCCAUCCUGUACGUAAUUGGUCAGGAUAUUCAAGAGGCAGCUGGCACCCUUCAACUCUGUGCAGGCCAGGACUGCGGGAUCGAGGCGGCGAUACAUGCCAUGCAGCAGGCGUUCGACCAGGAGGAUACCGAAGCGGUCUUAAUGGCAGAUGCCACGAAUGCGUUUAAGGUGGCUCACACCCUCUGCGCGCGCAUCGUUUGAAAAGUGUAGAUUUUCAGUAAAUUUUUCGGUAGCGAUGAUUUUUGUGCGAUCAAUCGUUGUAGGAAACGUCUUCUCGCUUUUCUGCAAUUCUGGCGACCUACAGCUAGAACCUGCUGCUACUGUGCUAGUGUCCCUCUUCACUCGUUCUUUCUAUGAAAGGGGAAGGCAGCACUCGCAGAAGAUUUUCCAAGAAUGCAAUGUCGACUGGUGCUCGUACUAUAAGAAGGGAGAAAUCAAAGUCACUGGGCCGCUCUUGAAUCACGCCUGAGUCGAAAAUUAUUUCAGAAUACGCUUGUGUAGAUUUCCUGCCAGUGCCACUGACAUCUCGCGACCUUCAAAUAUAACUUGCUCGAUCAUCUCCCGCACUGACUGGUAAAUUCGUCGGGUAGCUGUGGAUGGAUCGAUUCAGGGAGAUCGAAGAUUGGAUGGCAUUGGAGGUGAAUUUGAUAAUUUGUGACUGUGUCAUCAACCAAGUGAGGACAUCAAAUAUCAACAGGGACGUUCCGAAAAUCACAAACGCUGCGAAAUAGGUAUGAAAUGGUCUUACACACUGGUGGGUAUUCCACAUUCAUUGUGUCAUAUCUUUAGACUGUUCGAAAGUUUGUCGUGCCGUGCAACUUUCACAGACUAAUCCGAUAAUUGGCAUGUCGCCCUAUCGGCACACACUAAUGCGUAUGCCGCUGAGUCUAUCUAUAUGUGCACGCACAUGUGUGUAUACUUACACAAUUUUAUUACGUGUGCAAAAUUAGGCAAUCUACAUGUACGUAUAUAUGUGUGUGCACU